AUGCUAUCCGAGUUCUUGAUUGAGGUUGGAGACCUCUAUGCCAAAGGAUGGCAUUGGACCCACAAGGCCCAUCCGUCUUUGGUGGCAGCCAUCGUUGCCGCCAGCGUGCUGGUACUCUGGAGGUUACUGCGAUUCUCCAUCGUGCCCUCAUUUUACCCCAACGACCCCAAAGAACUACCUUAUUGGAUUCCAUGCCACGGCGGCGCCUUCUUCAGUAACUCCAAUGCGCUGCUCUCCCGCGCACAGAAAUACUACAAGUACAACAACAACCCCUUCGCUCUCACUAUUGCCCAUUCCGUUCUUUAUGUCAUCACCAGGCCUCAGGACGUUGCGGACGCAUACCGCAAUACUGAGACGCUUUCCUUCAACGAGUUUGUGCAAGCGAUGAUGCGCGCCUGUGGAAACACCGAGUCCUGCGUGCAGGCAAUGUACAAGCCCCUACCCAAGCAGAAAGCCGGAUUCCCGAAUCCCCACGGGAAACCACUAGCGACGCUAGCACGACAGAUGCACAUCCAUCAGCUCUAUCCUGGCGACAAUCUAGACUUCCUGGAGAAACAAUUUCUAGACUGGGUGGAACCCAAACUGAACAUCGCAGGACUCCGGAGAGAAUGCCCAUACCAAGUCCGGACGAGCAAUGGCCACAGUAAGGACACCAACGCCAUCGUGCUUCCUCUAAUGGAAUGGUGCUCGGACUUCUUCACCCGCGCCGGCCAGGAGGCUUACUUCGGCCCUAAGUUGGCAAAGGUUGAUCCUUCCCUUCCAAAGACCUUCAUUGUCUUCGACGAGAUGAGCUGGCAGGUGCUGUACCAGUACCCCGACUUUCUGGCGGGGGAGAUGAAAGCCGCACGAGAUGCGAUUCAGCGCGCCUUGAAAAAAUACAUCCAAAUGCCGCAGGAGGAUCGGCACGGGGACGCCUGGUUUACUAAAGCGAUGGAGAACGAGAUGAGGGCACUGGGAAUCAGUGAAGAUGAUAUUGCAACUAUGUUGGUGACGAUUUAUUGGGGAAUCAAUACAAACACCCGCAAAGCCGCCUGCUGGCUCCUAACCUAUAUCCUCUACUACGGCCCAGAUCAUUACGUUGACGCCAUCCGCGCAGAAACUGCGCCAGCCUUCCGCUCCGGCAACCCCAUCCCCGACCUGACCUACCUUCAUGACAACUGCCCACUACUAGACGCCAUGUGGAAUGAAACCAUCCGCAUGUCAGCGUAUUCAGCUUCGGUGCGGAUGAUCACAUCCGACACCGUCAUCGGCGGCAAGGUCCUGCGCAAGGGAAACCGAUUGAUGAUCCCGUACCGGCAGUUGCACUUCGAUGAAGCCAUUUUCGGGGUUGAUUUUCCGGUCAACGAGUUCCGCCCGGAGCGAUUCAGCGUUAAGAGCGGUCGCAAUUUGACACGCAGCGAUAAUUGGCGACCCUUUGGCGGCGGGACUACCAUGUGUCCCGGGCGGUAUGUGGCGAAACGGUUUGUUAUGUUGUUUGUUACGUUGUUGUUGCGCCGGUUUGAUGUCGAAUUGGUGGAUAAGCGUGUCCCUGAGGCGGAGGAUGGGAAGCCGGUGUUGGGGAUCAUGUCGAUUAAAGAGGGUGACGAUGUUUGUGUGCGGGUUAGGGAGAGGGUUAUUGUAGAUUAA